AUGGCUGCGACCUGGUGUGCCCUUCGAGGCACUCGUCAGCUUGCCCUGCGCACUCGAUUGCGCUCUACGCCGUCCCCCGUGGCUCUGCGGAGAGCCCUCCCCUUUCACCGCUCCUUGAAUACAACCACACAACAAUCGCCAUCCCCUCGACGACCCGUCUACACCAGCUCGGUGGCUGAUCACGGCGAUCCUCAUCCUCGGGAUGUGUUCCAACCCCUCGAUACCUUCCCCAGACGUCACAUUGGACCCUCGCCGGACGCGGCUCAGCAGAUGCUGGCAACCCUGGACCCUCCGGUGGCUUCCCUGGAUGAGUUCGUGAAGCAGGUCCUCCCUGCAGACAUUUUGUCGAAGAAGGAUCUCAAGGUCACUGCCCCUCACUCCGACGCCAAGCUGGCUCGAGACACCAUGCAUGGUGGUCUGGGAGAGACGGACAUGCUGAAGCUCUUGGACACCUACCGCAAACAAAUCGAUGUGUCUGGGAAAACCUACCUAGGCACGGGCUACAACCCCACCAUUGUACCCCCAGUGAUUCUCCGCAACAUCCUGGAGAACCCCGCCUGGUAUACCAGCUAUACUCCCUACCAGCCAGAGAUCAGUCAAGGUCGUCUGGAGUCCCUUCUGAACUUCCAGACCCUGACGGCCGAUCUAACAGGCCUACCGUUCGCCAAUGCCUCCGUUCUGGAUGAAGCUACCGCGGCUGCGGAAGCUAUGACGAUGUCCUUGGCCACUCUUCCCGCAUCGAAACAGAAGAAAUCGGGCAAGGUCUACGUGGUUUCGCAUCUCUGUCACCCUCAGACCCUUGCGGUCAUGCGGUCCCGCGCCGAAGGCUUCGGAAUCCACCUGGUUGUUGGUGACAUCUUGGCAGACAACUUCAAGCUGGUCAAGGAACAGGGUGACAAACUCAUUGGUGUCCUUGCUCAGUAUCCGGACACUGAGGGCGGUGUGUACGAUUUGCAGUCGCUGAGUGACACGAUCCACACUGCUGGUGGAACCUUCAGCGUCGCUACGGAUCUGCUGGCCUUGACUCUCUUGAAAGCACCUGGAGAGUUCGGCGCCGACAUAGCCUUCGGUAGCGCUCAGAGACUUGGUGUUCCGAUGGGCUAUGGAGGCCCCCAUGCUGCCUUCUUUGCGUGUGCGGAUAAGUACAAACGCAAGGUUCCGGGCCGUGUUGUUGGUGUGUCCAAGGAUCGAUUGGGUAACCGUGCCCUGAGACUGGCUCUUCAGACCCGAGAGCAGCACAUUCGCCGGGAAAAGGCCACCAGCAACAUUUGCACCGCUCAGGCCCUUCUUGCCAACAUGAGCGCCAUGUAUGCUGUUUACCAUGGACCAACUGGCUUGAAGGCUAUUGCUCAGCGCAUCAUGUCCAUGACCACCACCCUGCAGGCUAAGCUUGCAGCACUGGGCUACAAUGUCCCCGUCAAGACGAACUCCGCUGAUGGUGGUGCUGUGUUUGAUACCGUCACUGUGGAGCUUGCUAGCAGCCAGGAAGCGGAUGCAAUCAUCGCCGCUGCCCGCGCACAGUCCAUCUUCCUCCGCCGUACCGCUCCUACGAAGAUUGGUAUCACUUUGGACGAGACCGUUGGACGUGAGGAGGUGAAAUCGCUCUUGCAGGUCUUUGCCACUCAUACCUCCAAGGGUGAUGUUUCUCUUGAUGGGGAGCUUGGUAUCGCGCCUAUUCCGGCCAGUCUGGAGCGUACAUCGCCUUAUCUAACUCACCCCGUGUUCAACACUCACCACUCGGAGACGGAAAUGCUUCGAUACAUCCGACACCUGGAGUCGAAGGACUUGUCUCUGGCCCACUCCAUGAUCCCUCUCGGCUCGUGCACGAUGAAGCUCAAUGCAACAACCGAGAUGAUCCCAGUCUCGUGGCCCGAGUUCUCGCAAAUGCACCCGUUUUUGCCUGCUGACGUGGCCAAGGGGUACACGCAGAUGAUUGACGAUCUGGAACAACAACUCGCAGACAUCACUGGAAUGGCUGAGGUCACUGUGCAACCUAACUCCGGUGCGCAGGGAGAGUUUGCAGGUCUGCGCGUGAUCAAGAAGUACCAGGAAGCUCAUGGUGGCUCCAAACGGAACAUCUGCCUGAUCCCCGUUUCCGCCCACGGAACCAACCCUGCUAGCGCUGCAAUGGCUGGCAUGCGUGUCGUUACCAUCAAAUGUGAUACCAAGACGGGCAAUCUGGACCUAGAGGACCUGCGGGCGAAAUGCGAGAAGCACAAGGAUGAGCUGGCUGCUGUCAUGAUCACGUACCCAAGUACUUUCGGUGUUUACGAACCUGGCAUCAAGGAGGCUUGCGAAAUCGUGCACCAGCACGGCGGACAGGUCUACAUGGAUGGGGCAAAUAUGAACGCCCAAAUUGGCCUGUGCUCCCCCGGUGAAAUCGGUGCUGAUGUGUGCCAUCUGAAUCUGCACAAGACCUUCUGUAUCCCCCACGGAGGUGGUGGGCCGGGGGUCGGCCCCAUUGGUGUUGCCGAACACCUUCGGCCCUACCUGCCAUCCCAUCCUACGAGUGAAUACCUUCAGUCCAAGCGCAUGGAAUCUUCCUCGCCCCCGAUCAGUGCCGCCCCUUGGGGUAGUGCCAGCAUCCUUCCCAUCACCUUCAACUACAUUAACAUGAUGGGUGCUAAGGGUCUCACGCAUGCGACCAAGAUCACGUUGCUCAACGCAAACUACAUCCUCUCGCGCCUCAAGGAACACUACCCAAUCCUCUACACCAACAAUAACGGUCGCUGCGCGCACGAGUUCAUCCUCGAUGUGCGCAAAUUUAAGGAGACCUGCGGCGUUGAGGCUAUCGAUAUCGCCAAGCGCCUGCAGGAUUAUGGAUUCCAUGCCCCAACUAUGUCGUGGCCCGUGGCGAACACGCUGAUGAUCGAACCCACGGAGUCCGAGAACAAAGCUGAACUUGACCGGUUUUGUGAUGCCUUGAUUUCCAUUCGUCAGGAAAUUGCGGCUGUGGAAAGCGGUGCGCAGCCUCGGGAAGGAAAUGUCCUCAAGAUGUCACCCCACACUCAACGUGAUCUGCUGGCCAGCGAGUGGAGCCGCCCGUACUCGCGUGAGACCGCCGCUUACCCCUUGCCCUGGCUUGUAGAAAAGAAGUUCUGGCCUUCGGUAACCCGAGUGGACGAUGCCUACGGGGACCAGAACCUCUUCUGCACGUGCGGACCUGUUGAAGAUACCGACUAG